AAGAACUAUUUUUGUUUCCCUAAAGAACUUUUUUUUUUUGUUCCCUAAAGCAGGGGUUCUUAAACUUUUUGCAUCCUAGGAUGUAAAAGAAUUUCCAAGAACCCCCUCCUUAUGAUGAUAUUACAGAUUUAAUUUUAAGUACAAUAAAGCAACAAUGUUCCAUCAUAAUCUUAAAUUCCAGCCAUUAGAACUUUCCACUCAUCCAGAUGUAGAUUUGAAACAGCCUGUAUCAUAUUUACAUCACUUCCUGAUAGCAGUUCAAUUUAAACAUUUAUGUUACAAGACUAAUUACACUCACAACUAUUGUGAUUAAAUAAUAAUCAUAACAACUUUGAUAUUAGUAGAUCAUAAUCAUUACUUUCACUGUCAUUAAAAAAAAGCAAUACAGUCAGGUAUAUGAUAUCCAUGAUAUACAUGAUACAUGUGAUAUUCAUCUGAUAUACACACACAGAACACUUUAUUAGGAACACCUGUACAUCUACUCAUUCAUGCAAUUAUCUAAUCAGCCAAUCAUGUGGCAGCAGCACAAUGCAUAAAAUCAUGCAGAUAUGGCUAGCAGCUUCCGGGUUAUGUUCACAUCAACCAUCAGAACGGGGAUAAAAUGUGACCUGAGUGAUUUUGAGCGUGGCAUGACUGUUGGUGCCAGAUGGGCUAGUUUGAGUAUUGCUAUAACUGCUGAAAACAAGUUUCAGAAAGCUGAGGCUGCAGUGGGCACAGGCUCACCAAAACUGGACAGGUGAAGCCUGGAAAAACAUAGCCUGGUCUGAUGAAUCUCAAUUUCUACUGAGGCGCACAGAUGAAUCCAUGGACCCAUCGUGCCUUGUGUCAACAGUCCAGGCUGGUUGAGGUGGUGUAAUGGUGUAGGGAAUGUUUUCUUGGCACACUUUGUGCUCGUUAAUACCAAUCAAUCAUCACUUGAAUGCCACAGCUGAUUGGAGUAUUGUUGCUAACCAUGUGAAUCCCUUCAUGGCCACAAUUUACCAUCUUCUAAUGGCAGGUUACAGCAUGAUAAUGCACCACGUCACAAAGCUGUCUGAAACUGGUUUCAUGAACAUGGCAAUAAGUUCAGUGCUCUUCAGUAGCAUUCCCAGUCACUGGAUCUGAAUUCAGUAGAACACCCUUGGGACGUGGUAGAGCAGGAGAUUCACAGCAUGAUGCGAUGAUGUCACAUGGACCAGAACCUCAAAGGAAUGUUUCAUUUUGUGGAAUCCAUGUCACAAAGAAUCAAGGCUAUUUUUAGAGCAAAGAGAAGCACUUCCCAGUAUUAGUACUGUGUUCCUAAUAAAGAGCUCUGUGAGUGUACAUCACAGACUACUGGAGGUCUCCAGACCCCACUCUGAAUACCAUGGCCUUAAAGAUCCAUCAGUCAAAAGGUUCUCUAAGAAACCUAUGUACCUAAGUAUACUGGUACCUACUUCUACUGCUACCAUUAUUAUUAUUAUUAUUAUUAUUAUUAUUAUUAUUAUUAUUAUUAUUAUUAUUAUUAUUACUACUACUACUACUACUACUACUACUACUAAUAAUAAUAAUAAUAAUAAGUGGAACAUUUGUAGAGAACCUGACAGAGGCUUCUAAAAGAGUUAAAAUAUACUACUAUCAUUGUUACUGAUAUUAAAAUGUUAAAACCUUAAACAACUAAGAGUUUAACGGCUGAAAUGGUAAAAGGUUGGAAUGGUUACAUUUUACAUUUUUUGUUUUACAAAUGUUUAAAGGUUGUUAUGGUAUACCUGUUAGUUGCUAGCAUGUUGCUAGAACAAGAAAAAGAAAGCGAAAAUUGAUAGUCAGAUUUGUUGUUAUUGUUGUGCAAAGCUCCAAAAAAAUUGUACCAGACCACAUAAAAAGGCCCAAGAUUCCCUUCUGAGUCAUCCUUUUGUGUAAGUGCAAAGUGAAGGUUACUGUAUAGUUGAAUUCAGUAUUAGUUUCCUGAGUGAAGACGGAGGAAGGAAGCGUUCACACUGCGUUGAGGUCAAGAGAACUGAGAACCACAACCAGCUUCACACGAAUUCCACAAAAAUCUUUCAGCUAAUAACGGGAACACACUUCAUUUUAACUCCCACAACCUCAGAAUUUUUUAAAAAUAACACUAUAUCCAAACCUAACUGUUUUUUGUAAACCAAUUGCUUUUGUUUUCACAAGUCUUUGCCUCCUCACACACCACCCAAAAGUUCUCAGUGCUGGAUUUUAACGCUUAUGAAUAGUUGGACCAACUAGACCAACUCUAUGAGUGAGCAUAGUCAAAGAUCAAUUCUUUAUUACUGAACAACCAGCUACCAGACACAGGUCGAGCUGUUCAAACUGGUGACCAGCACGAUGACACUUUGUCAACUAAGUGCCGGUAGAAAGGGAAAAAAAACGUUUCUGAAUUCCAGCAUUAUUAUGAAGACACUAAGACUAUUAGAUACAUUUAGUUAAAUGAAGUGACAUGUGGCCAAGUAUGGUGACCCACACUCAGAAUUUGUGCUCUGCAUUUAACCCAUCCAACACACACACACACACCCAGAGCAGAGGGCAACCUUUUUGGCUGCAGCACCCAGGGAGCAGUUGGGGGUUCAGCACCUUGCUCAAGGGUCUUACCUCAGUCGGGGUACUGAGGAUGGAAGAGAGCACUGGUCAUUCACUCCCCACACCUACAAUCCCUGCUAGACCUGAGACUCGAACCCAUGACCUUUGUGUUACAAGUCUGACUCUCUAACCAUUAGGCCAUGACUGUCCUAAGUUUGCUAAGUAAUAACUAAGUUUGGACCAGCUCAGCCUGUGUUUUAGCAAAGGGUAGCUGGUUAGACUGAGGUGGAGUGUUGGACAGGGAACGCAGUACUGUUGAUGAUUUUGUUGUUUGCUUGUCAGACAUGGUUAAAUGUAGAGGAACACAUUUGAACAGUGAGUAGUUGGGUUUCUCCAAAGCAUCGCAGCACAGCGGUCAUUGUUACAUGGUGGAGCUAGCAUCGUAUUGAACACUCUCUCUCCCAGGUAAGAUGAUCUUAAGUUUGAUAACUUUUGGGAAAUUCACCCCCUGGUACUUUCUAUAGUCCAUGAGAACCAGUCUGAGCUAAUGGUCCAGAUCUAAUUCCCCCAAUAAAUCAAAAUCUUCAUGAGAUGACACAAAUUCCCCUCUCAGAAAAAAAAAUACAUUAACACACACACACUCAGAAAAAGAGGGUAUUAACCUUUCCUUGUCUCUGUGGUGGUACCCUCAAGGGGGCAUAUCUUUUGGGUGCAUUUAGGGUAUGUUUAAAACAGUUUAAUGUAAAAUUGAACCUUAAGGACCAUCGUGAACCUUUAAUUAACUUUUAGAGUGAUAGGGUGUCAAAAAAUUACCUUUACAAAUUUUAUCCAAUAAAACUACCAAGUUUUUACAAGUUGUCUCAUCUUCCUUCUUCAGUGAUCUUCUGAAGUGAUGUGAUCUGACCUGAAUGCGUUGCAGUGUGUUACACCAUACAGCAUCUGGAUCAUCACCUGGAUGUUUCAUCAUCUCUAAUCAUUCUCAUAUGAAAUGGUUGUAACUUUUCUACUUUAAGAAAAAACAAACUUUGGGGUUUUGUAUAUCUAAAUUUCCUUCAUAGGCAAUUCUAUGUGUGUGAGUGAAUUUCUCAUUUAGUACCAAUGAUGUAAAGAUAAUUUUGCAUACACUACACCAGGUAAAAGAUACACACUAAAGCUACAAAUGAUGUAGAGAGCACCACCACCAGCAGCAGCGCCAAGAAAAGGUACAGUUUAGUCCUUUUUUCUGAGAGUGUGGACGUUACUUCAGCACUGGGGAUUUUGAUGUGUAUCUGUCUAAUUGUGUGAAGUUUGAUCUGAUACUGCAUUAGAUCAGAUCUCAGUAACAGCAUGGGAUCACCUGUCGUUUUAAUUCUCCUGGGCAAUUUUAGUUCGGUGGUAUCACCCUGGAAUCACCCGUCCUGCCUAGCCUGAAGGCAUGAUUGACAUGGGAACGUGCUAAAAAAGAAAGUAAAUCCAAGUUCCAAAGAAUGCAAAUGUGCUUAACCUUUCAAUGCUGGCUUUAAUGUGAAAGAGCUGGGAAAGCGCUUCGUCUUUUCGCUUUUCAGUGGGUCUCCUAUAAAAGAAAAGAAAACUGCACUGCACUUGUGCACUGAACGUCCUCCAGAUAACGUCUGUUGAUCAUUCUGCAUUGCUUGAUUUGCGUGCUUCAGGAUGAUGGCAGUGGUAAAUGUGUGGGGUUUUAUUAUGCUCACUCUCAGCAGCUGGAGCUGCGCAGCUGGAUGCACAUGGAUGAAGACGCAGAACAGAGCAUCUCUAAGCAGCUUCCAGGUUUUAAGCAGCAGCUCCAUUUUUCACCUUGAGCAGGCGUGCAAAGAUUCUGUGCAUAGUCAUGACACACUCAGCAUGGAGUUUCCACACAAACAGUACAACCUCAUACACCAGCUACAGGCACAGGAUCACAUUCUGUUCAUUUUGCGGACUCUAAAGAGCAUCAGGAGGAUCUAUAUAAAGAAAUAUGAGAAGGUGGACUGCGACCAGCGCGAGCUGCAGAUCUUCCUGCUCGAUGUGGAUCGUCAGAUUCUGGAGCUGGAGCAAUGUGAAAAAAAUAUCUUGGCCACCAACGUGCAGAAGAGAAUAUCUAAAAAGAUGGAUCUGCACUUCAGGAGUCUGGUUUCUCGCCUGAAGAGCACAGUGCGCAUCCCGGAGGAGCUGUGGUGUGGAUUACAGCACAGAGGGCUGGAAUGAGCUCGCAGGAGUGGUGCUGAAACACCUGAGAAGACUCGACCUGCUGGCCACCAAAACUAAAAGCGACCUUCAGGAUUAACUGCUCUUCAGAAACCUGCUCAGAUUCCUCUUAAUACCCAAAACACAUCAUAUCCCUGUCACCUUCCUUUCAUAACUUAGAUUUUAUUUAUGUCUUCAUGGGUUUUUUGGAUUUCGGUAAAUUCUGGCAGUAUUAAUUAUUUAUAUGUAGGUCCAUUUUUUAAAAACAGUAUAUUGUAUUUAUGUUUAUCGGGAUUUAAGUGCAUUUUGGAGGCAUUAAUAGUAGGCAUCAAUUAAAGAUAUAGUUUUAAAGAUUUAAUUAUUCCUAUUUUUUUUUAUUUCUUUCAUAACAUAUCUCACGGUAAUUUGCAUAUAAGCCAUUUUUGUUGACAUUAGGUAUUUAUGUGUAUGUAAUUGUUAGUAUGUCUGUUAACACCAUCAUUAGGAAUGCUGUAUUAUUAUUUUUAAAUGAAACAUUUUAUAAAAUAAAAUAAAAAUGUUUUUUAUAUUAA